AUGUUCCUAGGCGGCGGGUAUGAGACUGGCGCCAGGCUCCUUGGUGUGUCUUUAGAGACUUAUGGAUUCUUCCACCAUACUAUUGGAUUUGUUGCUUUUAUCGAAGCUUUGGUCCAUAUUAUAAUCACUGCCCAAAUCAAGGCUAUUGAAUGGUCUAAUACUGUCGAGUUCUAUGGGCUUUUGACCGGGUGCAUGUUUUUGGCUCUCAGUAUUUUGCCUCUCAUUAGGAAAAGAGUCUACGAGAUCUUUGUCUUGACGCACACAGGAUGUGCGCUAACAAGCAUUUACGGAAUUUGGUGCCACGUGAGAUCAGACAACGGAAGUCUCUCAAAAUUUCCACUCGCGUAUCUAUGCAUAUUCGCUCUCACACGGACUAUUCAGCUUUCUCGCAUGAUAUACCGCAAUAUUACGAUUGGGACAAUCCCCGUCCGGCUAGUCAUGAGUCACUUCGAGGGUAAUAUAGCGCGAAUAACCCUCUCAGUUCCACGCCCUUGGACUGUUCGAGCAGGCGAGCGCAUAAAUUUGGGAGUCCCUCGCGUUGGUAUAUUUUACUCGUUUCAGGCACAUCCAUUUGCAAUAAGCUGGUGGGAAGAGAAUGACAAGGGACGUGCAGUGUCUAUAUCUUUCCUUAUUCGCCCCCGCUCUGGAUUCACAAAGAAACUACUCAAAAGGAUCGAGCCAAACCGAGAGUGUGGAGCGUGGGUUGAUGGCCCAUAUGGACCCAGCUCAAUCGAUUGGAAAGGCGGUACCUCGGCGGGUGAUUAUGGUCACAUCUUCAUGGUUGCUACAGGCAUUGGUAUUGCCGCACAGCUACCAUAUAUUAAAGAGGUACUUCAUGGCCAUGAGAAUGCGCAAGUUUGUACGCAACGAAUCUCUUUGGUUUGGCAGAUUGAUGCAAUUGGUGAUUGGGACAGUGUUCGUGAUUGGUUACAGGCUCUAGUCAAACAGGACAAUGGCUACAUCUUACAUGUUUCGAUUUACGAUCCGUUCCGGGAGGAAGACGAGAUGAAACGCAUAGGUGAAAAUGAGCUCAUUGAGGCUCAUAGCGGAGUGGUUGAUUGGGGAGAACAAUUUGAAAUAGAGACCCAGAGCCAUAUUGGAAGACUCUUAGUAGCUGUCUCUGCUCAACCCCAGGUCCGACGUGACAUCAGAGACCUCGUGAGAACGCGCAUGGAUGGAAAUACUACUCUAUUCGAGCCAGAGUUUCAACCAUGGGGUCAAACAGGAAGCUUGCGAUCAUAUCUCAAGCCUUGA